AUGACGUCGACCAUCGCAUCCAAAUCCACGCCCAUUCCCCCAGGCAUCUACUGCCCCGUGAUCUCUCUUUACAAGGCGACCGCCCGACAAGAAGUUGACUACGAUGCAUCAUAUAAAUUCUUCUCACAUCUGAUUCGCGGGGGUGUCGACGGCCUUGUUCUCGCUGGAACUACCGCCGAGGCCGUUCUGCUAUCUGCCGAAGAGCGCAAGGAGCUGGUCAAGGUCGCGAGAAAAGCUGCUGUUGAUCUCGGUCGUCCAGAGUUCCCCGUCGUUGCCGGAAUCAGCGGACAAUCUACCAAUGAAUCGAUCAGACUCGCAGAAGAUGCAUUGGAGGCGGGCGCUAGUUUCGGUCUGCUAUUACCCCCGAGCUACUGGGCCAAGGCCGUGACAAAGGACGUCAUUGUCGGAUUCUAUCGAGAUGUCGCGGACUCUACUUCAUUGCCCAUUGUCAUUUACAGCUUCCCCGCCAUGUGCAACGGCAUCGACAUGAACUCCGAUACAAUGUCCGAACUAGCACAACAUCCUAACAUCGUCGGAGUCAAACUGACAUGCGGAAAUGCCGGAAAGGUCACUCGACUCACUGAAGAGUACAGCCAUGAGCAGUUUGCAGUCUACGCCGGAUCCUCUGAUUGGCUUAUCCCCUGUCUUGCCGGCGGUGGUGGUGGAUGCGUCACAGGAAUUGCUAAUGUGUUCCCCAAGUGUGUUGCGCAUCUAUACGCGCUAUGGAAUCAGGGGAAGACCAAGGAAGCGGGAGAAUUACAGGGCCUGGUGGCUCGGGCCGAGAAGGCGUGCAAGGAGGGUAUAGCACCCACCAAGUUCGGAGCUGCCCAUUUUGCGGGUCCUGCUGCUGGUAUUACCGAUGCAAAGACUUUCUGGCCUCGGAAACCAUAUACCCCGUGUGGGGAAGAAAAGUCGGCUUGGGUGGUUGAGGUGAUGCAGCAUUUGGAGAAGCUGGAGCAAACACUGCCUGACGCUGCCUGA